AUGAAGUUCUCCAACACUCUCCUCCUUGUCGCCCCCUUGACUGCCCUCGCGGCUGAGACAUUUGGCGCCCACGGUGGUGCGGUGGCUCAAGCUGGCGCCAAGGUCCAUCAGCGCGAGGAGUCCACUGCCUUCAGCCCUGCUCAGGAUGACGCGAAAGCCUACAAGCGCGGCCAGGACGAUGCUAAGGCGUACAAGCGUGGUCAAGACGAUGCUAAGGCCUACAAGAGAGGCCAGGACGAUGCGAAGGCUUACAAACGGGAGGAGUCCACUGCCUUCAGCCCUGCUCAGGACGACGCGAAGGCAUACAAGCGCGGACAGGACGAUGCGAAGGCUUACAAGAGAGGCCAGGACGACGCGAAGGCUUACAAGCGCGGCCAAGAUGAUGCUAAGGCCUACAAGCGCGGCCAAGAUGAUGCUAAGGCCUACAAGCGCGGACAGGAUGACGCGAAGGCCUACAAGCGUGGUCAGGACGAUGCUAAGGCCUACAAGAGAGGCCAGGACGACGCAAAGGCUUACAAGAGAGGCCAGGACGACGCAAAGGCUUACAAGAGAGGCCAGGACGACGCGAAGGCGUACAAGCGUGGUCAAGAUGAUGCUAAGGCUUACAAGCGCGGUCAAGACGAUGCGAAGGCGUACAAGCGCGGCCAGGAUGAUGCGAAGGCCUAUAAGCUUCUGUAA